AUGCAAGACCGGGACACGGGCGCGCAAGACUACCUAACCAGCCUCGGAUACCAGUACCAUGGAAUCACCAGCCGCGGGAAACUAGGCCAACCAUCGCCAAGACGAGUCGUUGGCGCGAGCGGGAAUUCUGCGCGCCGUGGGUCCGUUGCUCGCUGUCUCGCUUGCUGGAGCGCGGGCGCCGGCGCGGUCGUGACGGCGCGCUUGCCCCACAAAGACGUGCAAUUCGGCAUCAUACCCUCAGUGCUGGGAAUCGGGUGCGGGCGGGCGCGGGCGCGGGUGCUCGAGGCCAUUGUGUGCCAUAGUAUGGUCCCUGUCCUGCGAGGCUUGCCGCAGCCGCUCACAAGCAUGCACAAUCGCCGGAAGCUGCCCGGCUCGAGCGAGAGCUCCCAAAAGAAAAGAAGUAAACAGCUGAGGCAGGGCAAUCAAUCGAAUCAACCUAAGCCGCCAAUGGCCGCCGCUUGGGAGAGGCAGGUCUGA